AGAAAGAUGUAGAGUUAGCCAACAGAUAUUCCUAGUAUAGAGCUAGUUUCUUCAUUCGUUAUUCGCCGUGCUUCAUUUCAAUGUAUUGCCGUCUUGUGAUGAAAUCGUUUUCAAAAUGUUUUAAGUGAUCGAAUAUUAGUUAUACGGUGUCAAAUUGUGUAGUGUUACCGAUCAAAACAAAGUUUAUGGAAGCCAUAUAAGUUUGUUGCUCGAUUAUGAAGCGAACUCUUUUUAUUGUGUGACCUUUUUACAUCCUUGGAUAGUGUGGCAAUGGUUUUACUAAUGAAUAAGAAACAGUUGUAAAAAGUGCUACCUAUUUUAUUAUCUCUACUGAGGGGUCUAUUAGGUUUUACAAUGGGGCCGAUAGGGGCACCCCCAUAAAAUAUUAGGACCGUUCGUUUAGACCAUCAUAAAAACAUCACAGAUACGCUUCAUGACAAUCGAAUCGAAACGUUCGGUCGAGGAUGGUGCGGCGCCUCCGCGGUACGGAGAGGUCGCGGAGCGAUGAUCGGAGGCCCGACAGCGAUGCUCGGAGCGGCGCCCGCUCCGGAGGGUCGCGUCCAGCGUUCAGCUAGUGAGCAGCCGGCUCGCGCGGAGUGUGAUGUGCGUGCGGGAUGGCCAGCAAGCCCGCGACUCCGGCGGCCACGCGAGGCGUGCCCGGCGCGCCGCGCGUGCUGGUGUACGUGGCGGACUCGCGCCAGCUAGAGCCCGGCGCCGCGGUGCCCGCCGAGCUGCCGCCGCUGUACCCGCACGACCUGCCCGUCGCGCUGCCCCGCAACGCGCUCUAUAGAACGCAGAGCGACGCGGCGGACCGAAACCCGCCCAACACCAUCUUCUACAAGCCCUUGAACAAUGAUGGCAAGCUUAGCACUUAUGGCUCAGGUGAUAGUUUGGUCCAGAGAACUGAUUUCUUUCCUGUCGCUCAACAAUUUCUGAAAGAAAGUUUAAAACUUGAUGAGAACAAGUCAGUCGAGAGACAAAGUAAUAUUGUUGUGCGAAGAGACUGUAGUAAUAGUUCAAUUAAUUCAGAAGUCUGUGGUGUAGAAAGUUACAAUUCAAGAGUACCAUUAGAAUCAGGGGAGUUAGCGACAUAUCAAACCAGAUGCCCCGUUCCUGGGGUGUCUGAUAAUGCUGUGCCGUUGCAACCAAUUGUAGUACAGCAUGGUUUCAAUCAGUUCACGGAGAGUGGCUCGGUGAAUAGUGAAGGAAGAAAUAGUGACAGAGAAUUAGUGGACAAGAGUUUUGUGAACUAUCAAUUUUUAGAACAAAGUGUAUCUCACCAGUCAAUAGUGAAUCAAAGUAUAAGUAUAUUGAAUCAGCAAGUGGGUGUGAGCCGAGUGAGUGAGAGUGAAGGCCCGCAGUUAGUGCGGACACCGGACGGGCUGGUGUUGGCGGUGCUGCCAUCGACAGCUCCACAACCAGACUCCUCAGAACUCAGCAGUAGGACUGCGCAAAGUGAAUCUUCUCAAACAAUUAUAGUGCCUUUAGGUUGGAGAAGAAUAGUGAGUGGCACAUCAGUCCUGUAUAUAAGCCCUAGCGGUACGGCUUUGAGCACGCUGCCGCAACUGAGGGACUACCUACAGACGGCCGGCACUUGCAAGUGCGGCCUGCCUUGCCCUUUACGACCGGAGACCACCUUUAGUUUUGACUCUAAGGUGGUAAGCAAGCCGUAUCAAGCGGCAUCGGGCGCGGAGCUGACCAAGUUGUGCAACCACAAGCGGAAACUGCUGGCGACGCUGCAGGCCCGAGCGCAGUCGCCCUCCACGUCGCCGCCCAUAGCGGACCAGAAGAAAGCAGUCGGUACGGAGUUGAACGCCCUGAAGAAGAAGAUGAAGAAGCGAGCGUUUCCGAACAUGAGCGUGUCGCAGCUCAUGGUGCAGCGCGAGCGACCCCUUGCGGACUUCAAAGACCACGAGAACGAGCACAACCGCACCGUGUCGCCCGGGCUCGCGGGUGCGCGCGGUGCCGCGCCCGCGCCUGCGCCGCCCUACUCGCACCCCACCGCCCCCGGCCCCGCCCCCGCCCCGCACGACGACAAGCACGAGCACGUGCAGCGCCCCUCGCACUACCUCACCGUCAACAGCGGCUGGAUCACGCAGCAGCAGGAAACGCUCGACCCCACGAAACAAAAUCAACCAUCUGGCAUUCAAAAUUCUCUCAACGUCGGCAUGCCCGUCUUGGGAACCAACGGCCAGAUCAUAGGCGUUAACACCGGCUACAACAAACAUCCCAACUUUAAAAACGUCGCGGGCGUGAUGCAGCCGAGCCAGGAACAGAAGGAGGAAAAGAAGGAGCACAGUUCACCGCAGCAGAAACCGCCGGCGAAGGAGGACGAGUCGCAAAUAUUCUGCGGGCUCAACCAGCCGCUGACGCCCGAGGUCAUGCAGAAGAUCAACGAGCAGCAGCAGCUGUUCAUACAGCAGAAUCAAAAGCAGAUAGAGAUGGCUAUGAAGGGUUAUAGAACGCAACUUGCGGAGUCCGCGAACCAAAACAAGCUCCAGGGGCAGAACCAGUACGUGCCGCAGGGGCAGCUGGUGAUACAGAACGGUGCCGUAAUCAAGACCAACCCGGCGAAGACGCCGCCCUGGCAAGUCAAGAGGACCGACGCCGCGCCCAACCCCAUGUCGAGUCCCAGCCCCAAACCUCCCAAGUUAGACAAUAUGGACUAUGAGGACCCACCCAUGAACAUAUCAGAUGAAGCCUCGACUGUUAAGAAUAACUACGUCAAUAAUGAUGCCAUAAACCCGGCCAUGUGCCCUCGCGUUCCUCCGCUGCCUCAGCACUACAACAUGAUGAGCCAGCAGUGGCCACACGCCGAAAUGAACAAGAAAAAGUUGAAAAAUAACAACAAGAGCUCUAAAAAGAAGAACAACGCCACCGAAAACAAAAUAAUAACGUUCAACAAUGGCAUGCGGCUCGUCCAGGAAUCUAAAGUAAAAUCGUGCGAGGACAUGUCCGGCAACAGCGUGCCGUCCUUCAUGGACGACCCCAACGGCUACCUGGCGCAACAGACGGUGCUGCUCAACAACACGAUAUCCAGACAAGUCGGCAUCAACUCCUCCUUCGACGGCGGCCAGUACGAGAACGCCAACAACUGCUACCCUAACAACCAGCCGGAUAAAUCGUUUAAGACAUUAAAUAAAUCGUGCGACAUGAACGUCUACAGAAGCAACAUGGUCCCCAACGCGUCCCCCUCCCCCAAUAAUACCCCCGACAGCAGCGUACUAUCCGAUAAAACCCAGGACGCUGCACAGUGCUGCAAGGGAUGCAACGUGUACAAGGGGAACGGCGCAGACUUCUCCGAGAACCAGAUGCGAGUAAAAUACAUGAAGCACAAUAUGCACAGGAUGGAGAUAGACGGCAACCGCGGCGACGCACGCCUCGCGCCCAGCCCCAGCCACUUCGACGACAACCCCGUCUCCUCCUCCACCUUCCUCGAGCGCAGCCCCGCACACGAAACCCAGCCCAUCCAGGCCGGCACCAUUAGCACCAGCAACGGCUCGCCAUCCGAGAAGCUCCCCCCGCCCGAACCUUCCCCCACCUCCUCCAACAGCUCCCGCAACACUGACACUCCCCACAGUAACGGCAGCGGCGGCUCUCAGUUCCCCCCCACCUGCACAUUCCCCGUACAGAGCCCGGCCUACUCCGGCGUCGGCUCCUACAGAGACAGCAGCCACCCCACCCACCCCACGCCCGGCGGCCAGCCCUACCAGUACCACUCCCCGGGCCCGCCCGCCUCACAAUCCAUCACCGGCACUCAGAUGAUGCAUUUCAUAUCGAACCACAACGUUAAUAAAAAUCUCAUGGAAGUGGACAACAUAUCAAUGGUCGGCGUCAAGCCCGGGUUGAAACUCCCGCAGGAGAUAUUUAGGGUAGAGUCGAGGAAGAGGAUAGAGAAUUCCAUGCCGGGCUAUUGUCCACCUCCGCACUUAGGCGGCGGGCCGGCGCACUCGCUCGUACAAUCAUGUUACGUACAAACAUUUGUCACGACUAUGGCCAGCGGCUUCUCGGUUACAAGAGACACUGUAACAUCCGUGCUAGCCGGAAAAGCCAACACCGCCACAACCUCCAUCAACGCGUCUCAGAUAAACUUUAUCAGACCGCCGCCGCCGCCCAGCGUUAACUUGGCCACCACCUACGCGAUACCGAACAACCAGCCGGAUCCGUUCAUAAAUUCAGUGAACUUACCGACCAGCUACCCCCUGCACAUAGCGGGCACGACGGCACAAAACAUGAUAUCGAAAUCGCCUCUAGAGAUGGUCCAGAACGUUAUCGGCAACGGGCCCGUGAAACCUGAAACUAGCGGCUCGACGACGCCGAUACAAUUGAAUAGGAGACCGUGCCCACCCACGACGCCCGGCCAGAUCUUGAUAUCGUCGACCGGACAGAUCAUCGUCUCUAAUAAUCAAAUGCCGCCGCCGCCGCCGAAGACCACGACGGUGGCCUCGCCCAUACAGGGAUCGAGUACUAACGUCACCGCCUCCGUCGCCCAACUCGUGCCGGCGGCCGGCCCGUCAGUCGUCAACCAGGUCGUCGUCAACACGCUGCCGACGCCAUUCGUGAUACAACCCCCCAUGAUGGCGGUGGACGGGCAGGUGGUGCAGCCCAACACGAUGCUGCCUCAGAUCGUCGCCGGCGGGCUGGUCCCCGGCCAGUCUCCCAACGAGAGCCCGCGCCAAAUAGACGUCAACAAAGGCGGCCCCGGCUUCAUGCCGGGCGUCGCCAUGUUGUCCCCGGAGAGCUUGAAGAAGAGAAAUAAGAAAAAGAAGACUAGCGCGAGCAUAACUAACGUCUUACAAAUAACAGCGCCCCAACAAAACUCCAACAAUAUUAUGGUGCAUCACACCUCGCCGCAGCAGAGCUCCAGCCCACAGUUCUCCCCCAGAGGCUUCCAGCUGUCGCCCAACAACAACAUAUCGCCGGCGCCCAUGCUGCAAGCCUUGACGAUCUUGCCCGGCAAGUCAGGCACCCCCGCUCACAUAGUCAUGAACGGCCAGGGCAACUCGAGCAACUUCGGAUCUCAACAAAUCAUAGCCAACACGUCCCCGUCGCAACAGAUUAACUUACUUCAACCGGUGAACUUAAUAAACAACGCGAGCAACGUAAUGUCCAACUUCCCCGCGUUCCAGCAGUUCAUAGUGCCAAAUAUCGGCGGAAUGGUGAUGACAGCGGACGGGACGAUCAUCCAGGAUAACUCGAAUGGUAUGCCGAUGCAGCUACAGUUGCAGACGGUUAACGGGCAAAAUGUGUUGACUCCCGUCCAGAAUCCUGGCGUUUUCGCCGCCGGCGCAAAUGGCGGAGUCGUCAUCAGGGCGCAAAAUCAACAGGGAAAGAUCAUACAGUCGCAGCACAGCCCCGGUGCGCAGUUCCUCUCCCCCAACAACCAAGUUAUGAUGAACAGCCCCAACUUCAACGGGCAGCUCAGUCCGCUCCUAGCGAACUUGAGCCCGACGAACGUCGCCUUCAACGCGCAGCAGGUCCGGCCCGGGAACGUCCAGCAGGAAUUUAUCCAGACGAACCAGAUGGGGCAGACGCUGAUGGUGCCGCUAUCCCCGAAGCAGUCGCUCGCGCCGACCAACAGGACUAACACGUUCGUCCAGCAGAACACCACCAUAGUCCAGCAGCAGACCACGCUGGUGUCCAACUCCCAGACGCACUCGUCGAUCGCGCUCGGCGGCGGCUCGCGUUUGAGCAUCGACCCGAACGUGCUGCUAGCCUCGAAGCAAAUUCAGAAGCGCAACUUCGACCCGCCGUCGUCGCCCGAAAAGGAGGAUAAGUUCGCCAAGUUCCAGGGCGACUCUCGCUUCGGUGGGGCGGUGCCGGAGCGCGCGCACUCGGUGUCGACGCAGACGCUGCUGGCGCGCAAGUCGCCGGGCGGGUCGCCCCCCGACACCACCACGCACUCCCCCGCCGACCCCGCGCGCUCCCCGCGCUACCCCUCCCGCCCCGACACCACAACCGCCGAGCCCGACGACCCUGCCGCCUCGGCGAUGGUGCAGUGCGUGUCGAGCAGCGAGCAGGACAUGGCCGAGUCCCGCGACCACGUGUGGUCGGCUCCCAGGCCUGAUUUCAGCCCCGACACCGAUGCGCAAAAUGUAAUGUCAAACUUGCCGCUAAUGCGACAGAACCGCAACCAUAACCCCGUGGAGUCCACCGAAAUGCAUUACAACCAGAACGCCACCCCGCCCGCCAACCAGCAGAAUCUCAUGCCCCUCACCACCAACUAUUAUGAGCGCACGCACACCUAUAAGAGGAAAAACGACUUCGGGGACGGCUCCUCUUACAGAACCGACAAAAUGAUGCGGACUACCUACGGAAUGGUCCACGGUCUACCCAAGGAGGACUAUGACAUGGGGCUGGCCUCCCCCGACAAGCAAGUGAGGCACUUCCCACCCUCCGGAACCAGUUCCGACUCGUCCGCCAUCCAGAAAGUAUUUGACAGACACAAUCUAGGUUCUGGAAAUGAUAACAAGAGCGGGGAGGAGUCGGACGGCUCGGCCCCGGCCCCGGCCCCGGGCCCCGGCUCGGGCGACACGUCGGAGACGGGCGUCGGGCGGUCGUUCGCGGCGGGCGAGCUGGUGUGGGGCCCGGUGCGGGGCUACGCGUCGUGGCCCGGCAAGCUGCGACGCCGCGCGCCCGACGGCCGCUGGCUGGUGCGCUGGUUCGGCGCCGAGCGGCCCGCCGCGCUGCUGCCCGACCAGGCGCUGCUCACGCUCUCCGAGGGGCUGGAGGCGCACCACGCCGCGCGCACCAAGCAUCGGAAGAGUAGAAAACUAAACACGCUGCUCGAGAACGCGAUCCAAGAGGCGAUGGCCGAACUGGACAAGAAGAGCGAGUCCGCCUCUGCCUCCGCCUCGGACGCGGGGCCCUCGUCCCCGGCGGAGUCGGAGGCGGCGGCCGGCCACGGAGACGGCGAGGGCGAGGGCGAGGGCAAGGGCGAGGGCGAGGGCGAGGGCGAGCGCGACGGCCACGCGGGCCGGAGGCGGCGGCGCGAGCGGCCGCGCAGCCAAGACAAGCACAGGAAGGGUAAAGCGGCCGCCGCUAAACCCGACACCCGACUGCGGAGCUCGCGAUGACAUACGAAACAUCACAUUUAUUUUAUUAUUUGUGCGGGCAUAUUUUGGGUUGUAAAAGUUUCUCUUAAAGGCCCCUUCACACUCGUGCGCGAAUCGCGGUGCGAAGCCGCGAACGCGAAUGUGGAGCGGGCGUCGCAGAUCUGCGAAAUCGACUGAAGGGGGCUUAAGAUAUAUAUGAUAAAAUGCAAAAGAUUGUCCCGAUUUGACUGUAGACCUUUAUGAUGUCCAAUGACAAGAAAAUAUUGGUAGGUGGUAAACCCGACAGAUGUCACACCGCGGAGUUCGAACGUUACUGUUUAAGCUUCCCGAUGUGUAAUAGAUUUGUAUGUCUACAAUUUAGUAUAUACUUCUUAAAUACAUCACAUAGUCAAUGUCAUCAAUGUGUAGGAAUAGUUAGUAAAAUUAUGUUGUGAUUGUACAAACGGUAUCUGUACAAUUUUUGUUUUCGACGUGUCUAGAGUGUUAUUACUGACCAGAGAUUAUCUACCAUUCCGUACCUUUAUUAAUAAAUAUUGUAUAUAUCCUUGUAAUCUCUUUGUUGAAAUACUUUUAUUUGAGAGUAUAGUAUGUUGGAUUGAACUAAAUUUGGACAGAAAGAAAGAGUUCCUGGCAUGAAAUUUAUCUAUAUUUUGGUAUUUACUUAACAAUGACCUAUAUGAAAGUGAUUUAUUAAAGUAAAAAUAAAACGUAGGUACGUAUAGAGCAGCAGUGGUUGUGAACCACGGCCGCUAGAGUAAGCCACGACUAGGUUCGUCUAGUAAUCUUCGAUAUCAACAAUAAUAAUACUAUGAGUACACCCCCGUCAUCGAUGUAUUGUACAAGUUUAGUGUACUGUAAAUGUAUUAAGAAAGUAAAUCGCUAUAUACCGUGUAAAUUUUUAUGUGUGUUGUUAGAAAGUAAUAAGUGAAACAUGAUUUCUAGUCAAAAUAUUGAGCAUAUUAAAUGUAGAUUUUAUAGACGAGGUAAUUGACAAUAACACUGGCCUGCGUUUGUUGACGCGAUCAACAUUAUUUCGGUUACAUAAUGAGUAAGUACAGUACAUGAUUAUGAUUUACAAUUUGUUUGCGUUGGUGACCUCACGUUUGUUAAGCUCAAGUGAUAGUUAUUGAGAGCCGUUUGAUUUCUUUUGAACACGCUACAUUUUACAUAUUACACAAACCUCGUUUCGUGGUACCAUGCCUCAAUAUUCAAUUUUAAUAAAACCUUUACAUGUUUCCUGUCUCUAUAUGACACCAAAAUAGGGGUAUUAUGAUAUCCAAAUAAAUAUAAUACGAUGGUACGUGUUAAUUUUGCUACUAUACACUUAUUAUUAUAAAUGAUAACUUUAUUAAGUUUCCCAUACUUACAAGUUUUUUCAUGUAAUUAUUUUUUAUAAUCGUGGUCUGAAACAAGGUCUUGAUUUUUCUAAUUAUUUAAAUAGAGCAGUUGAGGAAGAAAGGUAGUCACUUGGAACGGCACAACAAACUUACAAUUAUUUGAAGUAAACCUCCCGUAGCUUAAAUGCUCAAGAUUCCGUUGGCAGCUGCGGCCUCGUCGCACGCACACGCACAGGACUAUCUCACCCACAAUACCUACAUACAUGGCAUCACAAUGAACACAUAUCCUUACCUAACCUUGUCAUCCUCUUGAGUUAACGUAAAAUAAGAUAUCACUGUAAGUGUCGCUUAAUUUAUAAGUAUUUGUUUUGUGGUGCAAGGGAGAUUAUGUUAAAACAUUUCUAAAAUGCUUUUUAAACACAUUCAAGUAAUAUAAUGAAAGAUUUUUAAAACUAGGUAUAAUUAAUGUUAACUAUAGGUAGGUCAUGUCAUACCAUGGAUCCACUUGAUAGGUAAUUUGUUAUGGAUAGUCAUUGUUAGAUUAUUAUCAAUGUGCAAAAUUACUUUGUGAUUUCUAAACAUGUCCGAUAAAAUUAUAUAUCAAGGAAUUAUCUCAUAGCUUACUUACUGUUUUUUAUAAUAUCGUAUUUUAACCUUAGAGAUUCCACUUAAAAUUGAAAUAAGAAAUGUCACUUCAGAUGCCGACAUGUAUUUAAUGUUGAAUGGGAAAUGUUUAUUAGGUAUAUUGAUAGUCGGAGCCUCCCGCGAGAUGGUAUUAUGUACAUAAUCUUACUGUAGUUAUGUAUAGUAUUUUAUUUCAAUGAGAAUUAAUGUUUUAUAGACUAAUAUACAACAUAAGAUUAUUUAUUUGUUUUGCUGUGUACAUAUUUUUUUCAAUAAAAUGUACCUGUUUUAUUUAA